UAAAAUGCUUGUUCGAGUAAGAAAAUGAGAUACAAUAGAAUAAUUAAAUAAGUAAUACAAUAAAAUAAAAUGCGUAAAAUAAAGUAAAUGAAAUUUGGUACAACGCGUUCGAUCGGACGUACGUGGAACUAUCUACGAAAGAAUGCACCUACAUUUCGAUUGACAUACUUUCAUUAAGCCGUUACUGGUAUAGGUAUCGCUAGCAUUUCUAACUUAUUUCUGCUACAUCGGUUCGUGGCGGCAGUCUUCGUCCGGUUUUCCACAAGUUCAGACGUGGUUUUUAAAAAAUUUUCAACAUGAGCCAUAGCGACGUUGUAAUAAUAUCGGCAGUCAGGACACCCAUAGGAUCUUUUCGUGGUUCCUUAUCAUCAUUGAAAGGAGCAGAUUUAGGAAGUGUAGUCAUUAAAGAGAGUCUUGCAAGAGCUCAUAUUAAACCUGUGGAUAUUUCUGAAGUAAUUAUUGGACAGGUAUUAACAGCAGGUCAAGGACAAAAUCCAGCAAGACAAGCAGCAAUGAAAGCUGGUAUUCCUAUAUCUGUACCUGCUUAUACAAUUAAUAUGCUGUGUGGCUCAGGUUUAAAAGCAGUCUUGAAUGGUUAUGUAUCUAUAAGAGCUGGAGAGAGCCAAAUAGUUAUAGCUGGUGGACAAGAAAGUAUGAGCCAGUCACCUCAUGUAUUACAAAUUAGAGAUGGUGUAAAACUAGGAGAUUGUAAUGUAAUGGAUCAUAUAUUGUUUGAUGGCUUGACAGAUGCAUUCCAUGGAAUUCAUAUGGGAAUAACAGCUGAAAAUGUUGCUAAAAAUUUUAAAGUAAGUAGAGAAGAACAAGAUGAAUAUGCAGCAAAAUCUCAACAAAAAGUAGAGGCUGCAGUUACUGCAGGCCAUUUUACCAAAGAAAUCAUCCCUGUGACUGUGCCUACUAGGAAAGAAUCUAUUAUUGUGAAUAAAGAUGAAUUUCCUAAAUCUGGAACAACUGUUGAAAGCCUUCAAAAAUUAAAACCUGCCUUUUUGAAAGCUGAAGGUACAGUUACAGCUGGUAAUUCUUCUGGCAUCAAUGACGGAGCAGCAGCAGUAGUUCUUAUGUCAGCAGAGAUUGCUAUACAGAAAGGACUUUCUCCACUGGCUAAAAUUGUUGCAGUAGCUCAGAUUGGAGUAGAUCCAAAAAUUAUGGGCAUAGGUCCUAUUCCAGCAAUUGAGUUAGUGUUGCAAAAAGCAAAAUGGACAAAAGAAGAAGUAGAUUUAUAUGAAUUGAAUGAAGCUUUUGCAGCGCAAGCAAUAGCUUGUGUAAGAACUCUUGGUUUAGAUCUUCAUAAAGUUAACAUAAACGGUGGAGCUAUUGCUUUAGGCCAUCCUAUUGGUGCAUCUGGUACUAGAAUAUUAGUAACUUUAUUACAUUCAUUAGAAAGAAUUGAUGGAAACAAAGGUGUUGCAGCCUUAUGUAUUGGUGGAGGAAUGGGAAUAGCAAUUGCUGUUCAAAGAAAAUAACAAACAUUUCAUCCAGUUAGGUAUUACUUAUUCUACAAACAUAAAAUUUUAUUUAUACUUGUGCGUUAUUAUUUUAGAACAAAAUAUGUAUAAGUAUAUAGGUAUAAAUUUUUCUUUUUUAUAAUUAUGAAGAGAUAAUCCUUUUACUAUAGACCUGUUAAAUCAUUAAAUAUUUAUUAUAUGAUUAUAGUAAUUAUUAGUUAAUGUUACUAUAAAAAUAUAUGAAGCUAUAAUGGUAUGUUGAAAAUAGUAAGAUGUUAAUAGAUAUAACUAAAUAAAUUUAUUUUAUUUAUAUUUGUUUAUAUGUCGAUUACUGAUAAUUGUACUUAAAAUUUGUACAAAAUGAUCACUUUUAUACUAUCUUAUACUGUAUUUUGUGCAAUGCAUGUUUGUAUAAAAGUUAUUUUUGUACAUGAAAAAUUAAAUUGUAAAUAAAAAUAUUGUAAAAUGAUCAAUCUGUUAUUUAUUAUUUUUUAAUCAGUUUUAUUUUCAUUCAAUCUUUGGUCUCUCUUUUUUCUAUUUUCUAAAAUUUUCUCCACUGCUGCUAGUCCCUCUUGUUGCUUUUGCUCAGCACGUUUUGUUUUAAAUGUACGUUUAGUACGUGUUAAAUCUCUCUUGUGCCCUACCAAACGUUGCAACUGUUCCUUGAUAGCUGGUAUAAUACGUAUCUUAAAUUAAGAAUACAUUACAAACAUAUUAUAACGUAUUAUGUGAUAUGAGACUAUAAAAUUCAUGUUUAAUAAUUGACAAAAAAACAUAUCUAUCACAUGUAAUAAACUUAUAAAUUUAAAAUGCAGAUAUACUAAGUGGUACUGCAGGAUAAUAUCCAUUAUAUUUUUCUUCGUUGAAGCACAAAUAAGAUUUUUCUAAUGGCUGUUGAGCUAUUAAAUCUAUUUCAGGUAUGCAAAGUUUUGAAUAUUUUUUAAUAACAUGUCCCCAUAAUGAGUUCAUAUUAACUUUAGAAUCUUUUAAACAAAAAUAUGAGCCCCAAAGUGUUGAAUUUAAUACUUUCUCAUCUGGAUGUGAUAAUUUUUGGUGAACCAUUCCUUCAGACAUUUGUUCCUCGAUUAUAGCCACUGUAUCACAUUGUACAUAUGAAUUUGGUACAUAAAUAUCUUGCAAAAGAUUAUCACCUACGUACAAAUAACGAGGAUUUUGUCUCCCAGAUAUAUUUUCAAGAAAUUCAGUAAGUUCUUUCCAAUUACCUUGGCUAUAUAUACCACCUCGUUUUAAAUCUUUGCUUUCUAUGAUAUUACCUUCUUCUUUAUUUACAAUAUUAAAAAAUGGACGUUUUUCAGUAAAGAAAGCAGGUUUUUUUGCAUAACAAAUAAUAAUAUCAAAUAGAGAUUUCCAAUCUUCUCCAAGAGCAUAAGUAGCAGUGAAAUCAGCAAAAUCUACAUUUGAUCCCGUAAUAAGGAAAGUAAUACAAUGUUUUUUCAAUUCUUGAAGCCAAGUAAUAGUUCUUGCAGAACACUUAUACAUAUAUUUAUCAGGAUUCUCUCUGAGACUAGGAAAAAAGUGGCCUUUAUCUAUCUUAAAAUGAUCUCUGUUAAACAUUUCAAUCAAUCCAUCUAGCAUAUCAGGCCAAAUAUUAUAUUCAUCAAGAGGGCCUCCUUGUUCUUUAUCAAACGCAUCUAUUAACCUUGCAAAAAUAAGAGAUGAGGAGAUAUCAAAAUAAUCUAAUAAACUUCUCAUUUUCAUUGAUAAAGGACCAUUCCAUGUAGAUAACAUGUCAUUACAAAAAGCAUCUGUAGCCUCCCAUCUCUGUUCAGGAUAUAUCUCUUUAAUCUUUUCAAUACUUAAUAAAUUAGUUCCAUGACAUGCUCUUUGAAUUAUACCAUUAGCAUUUAUUUUAAGUAUAUUUCCUCUUUCAAAAUCUAAGAAUAAUCCUUUCUGAAUAAAGUCUAUGUCUUUAUCUUCUAAUGGUUUUAAUAAAUAUUUAGAGUCAUAACCUCUUUCUGUUACUAAAUAAUUAGCUACAGUUUCAUAUAUCAAAUGUACCAUGUUUGUCACAUUAUAAUGCAAAAGCGUAUUGUCCAAGUCAAAUCCAAUACAGUCGUAAUCAAGGAACUUAAAUACACUCAUGUUAACUUGUGUUGAUGGAGUAAUUGAUGCUGUUGUAUUAAAAUAUUUCAAAUUUGUAGGAAUUCGAAAAUGUGUGAAAAAUUUUAAUUUAUCACUAGUGUUGUAUCUCAAAAUACUCUGUACUUGUAAACAAGAUAUUAUUGAUUUGUAAAAUGGAUACCAAGUUCUUAUCAUUUCAAUUUAAUUGUAUAACUUAUUAGUUCAAUUGUGUAUUUUAUAAUUAAGAUCACUCAAGCACAUAACACAUAGUACAUACGUGUACAUUUGUAUGUUAGUAAACAAUAUGUACAGAAGAAUUAUCCUAAAUAUGUAAGUACUUGAAAUUAUAAUUAUCCGAUAUGCAACCUAUGAAUUCAAAAAUACCUAGGCAACACAACAAUAAUAUACAGAAAUGCAACAAAAAAAUAUUAAAUUUUUUUCUAACAUAUUAUUCCACAAAAUAUUUUAUAUAAAAUUUUCAUAUAAUGGAAAAUUCCAUAAAAGAACUUUCAA